AUGCCGAGUGAGGACCUGUGGUCUGCACGGCCAGCGGCCCUGCAGUGGCGACAAAUCGUAGAUGGAUUUGUCUUCGUCUUCUGCGUCAAACAGAGAGAAUCGUUUGAUAAACUCGUGGACGAGUCCGAGUUCUUACUCCAGCUCAAAGCGAAGAAGCAUGUUCCCCUUAUCCUAGUUGGCGGCGAGCCCGGUUACUGUGACCUGGAGCAUGUUAAUGGAAAACCACGCCGGGUUACGGUACAAGCCUGGUCCGCGGCGACCGAGAAGAAGACGGCGGCAGAGCUGGGCAACCGUUUCAAUGUCCACAUGCUCCAUGUAGACCUCCUCAGUGAUGCCAGCGUGAAGCAGGCCGCUGCCGACACUGUCGAGAUCGUUGGCGAGCGUGGCAUCGACUAG